AUGAUCGAUAGUGAGAAGCGAGCACAGAAGGAAGCCGCGCGUGCGCGUGCACAGAAAAUCGCCGAGGCUAAGGCAGCCAAGGAGGCUGCUAAGGCGCCGAAGACGUCGAAGAAGGCCGAGAAGGCGAAGCGGAAACGCGCCGAGCCCGAGUCGGCCUCUGAGGAUGAAGGAAGUGAGGAUGAGGAGGAGGACGAGGAGGCUGCCCGCCUCCGCCGACGGAUGGACGCCGCUAUGGCUGCCGGGUCCGGUGACAGCGAGAUGGAGUCGGACGGUGACGACGAGUCGGGUCUCGAGUCCGCCGAUGAGGACGAGGACGAUUAUGACGACGCGGAGCUCGAUGACGAGGACAUGGAAGACGGAGAGAGCUUCCAUACCGCCUCGGAGGAUGAGGAAGAGGAGGAUGAGGAUGAGGAGGACGACGGAGCCGAAUCGGACGAGAGCGAGACGCUGCGCGAUGGCCCGCUUACGCCGAAGGAGAUCCAGAUGCGUGCGCAGAUGGACGCCAUCUUCGCGGCCAUGAACAAGGCCGAGGGAAUCGUGCCCCCCAAGCCUGCCAAGGCCGAUAAGAAGGGUAUGGGCACGAGUCAGGACGUCCCCGAGCCCCAGGUCAAGAAGGCGAAGAAGAAGACCGGCCCGAUGACGGAGGAGGACGAGAACGCGCUCUACGACCUGAGCGCGGGCGUGCCGCUCUCCGCCGCCGCACUUGAGGAGGCUGAGGCCGAGCUGCAGUCGAAGAAGAAGAAGGCGGCUGGCAAGCAGGAGCAGGAGAAGCGCAACGCCGCGGCUGCGAAGAAGCGGGGGAACAAGCGCAAGCGGAGAAAGACCGAGACGGUCGAGAAGGACCUGGGCGGAUCAACGCUGCACCUCCUUCAACCUGUGCUCUCCGCCGGAGACGGACUGCCGCCGGUCAUCGAUGCCGGUAGCCAGCAGAAGCGUGCCUCUGCCAAGUCGCGCUUCAUGAAGAACGCUAUGAAGGAGAGCGGACGGAUUCCUGGCAAGGCGAUCCUUGACGGACGGAGGCGACGAUAG